GCCAACUGGCUGCAAAGAUUUCAACUUCUGAAUCAUACUGAUUAGCAGAUGAGCAUAUACCGUAUAAUAAACAGCAUUAGUGACAAAGACGUCUGAGGGAGGCAGGCAAAUUAACAAGAGCAGGCUUAAAAGAUGAAAGUCGUGUUCAGCAGGGCAAGUUUUUUCUUUUCGGUCUUAUGACAAAACUAUUUCAACAGGGCAAGUUUCGAUUGACUCCUCGCUCUAUUUCGGACAGCAUUUUCUCAAACUUGAAAUGAAGUUCCUGUGCAAAACCUACAAAGAGUCAUCCCUUUUCUUUCACAAUAGAUAUUGUCUUACCAUCAUGUAUAUCCCACCCUGUUUGCGUUUUCGUCUUUGUAAUGGCAUAUAUAGCCAUGGAAAUUGAGAAAACAGAGCAUAACCCACUUCUGCUAGAUUCAUCCCUUGGCUUUCAGAAUUAUACUGUUUCAGUUUUUCCAUCAUGUAUAUCCCACUCUGUUUACAUUUUCGUCUUUGUGAUGCAUAGAUAGCCAUGGGAAUUGAGAAAAAAAGAGCAUAAUCCACUUCUACUAAUUGUUCUGUCCCUCCUUUUACUUUAUUUUGCACCCCAACUCCAUAGAGAUGCAAAACCCAAUUCAACAGUUAGCAUAAGAAAGAAGCCAUUAAACCAUUCAAAAUGUGGUCUUUUUUAAGUGGGGACUGACCCAUAACCCCACUUCAUUAAUUAUCAUUUAACAGCUUUUAAAGCAGCCGACACCCAACUUCAGUUUCUACACUUUUCUAUGAAACACCUUUUUUCAAUCUUUUAUUUAUUCUGCCCCACUCCUCCGACCGGUUCCACUGAUCGAGAAUAGGUAGUCGCAGAAAGCGCAUGGUUUCUGUAGUCAUUAGUCCACUAACCUCGGAUGGAGGUUUUCUUUACUUUCAAAUGCACCACAUUAACUAGGAAACAAGCAUAGGACGACCUUGUUCCUGUCAGUUGCGCGCUCUCUCUCUCUCUCUCUCUCUCUCUUUCUUUCUCUCUCUCUCUCCGUGGCUAGGGUUUCUCCGAGGUACAGAAUACUCCACUUUUCAUUUUCUAGUUUUUUGUUUUGAAGCUGUUUCCCUUCUCGUAUUGAAUUUGAAUACCGUGCAUUCAAGCUUUAAGAAAGAGUGAAGAUUUUUUCUUAUUUGUUAUUCAUAUUCUCUGCUAAAUUCUGCGACUUGCAAGGUGGAGGCCAAAAGCAAGAGGAAGUCAUUUGGAAAAGAAACUUGAUGUUUAAUUUUGAAAAUUCAAUUAAUUGAGGUUAGUAUUUAGAUUCUUGAAGCAGAGUUCUGACGGAGGUCUUGGAAAAAGGAUGACUUCUGAUUGAGGUUUUACAAAGGAGGCGACAAUGGAUCCACAUCCUAGGGGGUUUUCGGGUUCCACAGAUGCAAUCCAAUUGGGCAAUCAAUCUUUUUCGGUUCUUUCUAAUCAAAACCCUGUUUCUGGACCCAGAUUCGGAAACUCCUUUUUUGAUCACGAGUAUAGGGGUUUUCAUUUCCAUCAACCGGAUGAGGCACCGAGUCAUAUGGCCCCGUCCUCAGCUGGGGCACAGGGUGAGGAUUACUCGGAGGACUGUGACUUUUCCGAUACUGUUUUGGGGUUCAUAAGUCAGAUACUCAUGGAAGAGGGCGUGGAGGAUAAGUCUUGCAUGCUUCAGGAUUCUCUGGAACUUCAAGCUGCCGAGAAAUCCUUCUAUGAGUUGCUUGGGAAAAAAUACCCCCCUUCCCCGAUUCAUAUAACAAAUCACAUCAAUGGAAAUGGUGAGAGCACAGAUGAUAAUCACUAUGUAUAUCACAGUAAUUAUGCCAGUAGUACUAAUAGUAGUAGUUGUUUUGGUGAUAAUUCCCCGAUUCAAAAUCACGGAGAAUAUACCUCCCAAUUACAAAGUCUUCCACUUGAUAUCAUUUCUCAGUCCUCGAAUAUCUGUUUAAAUAGUGAGAUGAGUAGUGUGGAUGGCUUGGUGGGUUUUCCAAGUGGUACUUUUCAGGUGCCUGAUUCAAAUAGCAAGAACCAAUCUGUUUGGCAAUUCAGGAAGGGGGUUGAAGAGGCUAGUAAGUUUCUUCCGCCCAGAAGUAAGUUGUUUGUUAACUUGGAGGCAGAUGGGUUGUUAUUUCAGAAGCCCGAGGCAGGAAGGGGCAAGAUGGAGGUUAAGGUGGAGAUGGAGGAUGAGGGCAAGGACUCACCUACUGGCUCAAGGGGAAAGAAGCAUCCUCAUGGAGGGGAGGAUAGAGAUACAGAAGAUGAGAGGCGUAGUAAGCAAGCCACUGUGUAUGUCGAAUCAACUCUUCGGUCUAAGAUGUUUGAUAUGGUGUUGCUCUGUAGCGCAGGUGAAGGUAAGGCUCACUUGACAGCCCUUCAGGAGACAUUGCAGAACGGCAAAAGCAAAAAUGUACAGCAGAAUGGAAUAAGCAAAACUGUGCCUCGGAAUGGGAAAUCAAAAGGAUCUAAUGGUGGAAGGGGACGCGGUAAGAAACAAAGUAGAAACAAGGAGGUGGUGGAUUUGAGAACUCUCCUUAUUCAUUGUUCCCAAGCUGUUGCAGCUGAUGAUCAGAGGAGCGCAAAUGAAUUGCUAAAGCGAAUCAGGCAGCACUCUACUCCUUUUGGGGAUGGAAAUCAGAGAUUGGCCCAUAUCUUUGUUGAAGGCCUUGAGGCACGCUUGGCUGGAACUGGCAGCCAGAUAUAUAAAGGUCUAGUUAAUAAAAGAACAUCUGCUGCUGACGUCUUGAAAGCUUACCAUCUUUACCUUGCUGCAUGCCCAUUUAGGAAGAUAUCUAAUUUUAUAUCAAAUAAGACGAUACAGAUUGAAGCCGUGGAGGCAACAAGUCUCCAUGUCAUAGACUUUGGUAUCCUUUAUGGUUUCCAAUGGCCCACCCUUAUUCAGCGGCUCUCAUGGAGACCUGGUGGGCCCCCAAAGCUUCGGAUUACUGGAAUAGAUUUUCCCCAACCUGGAUUUCGGCCAGCAGAGCGAGUUGAGGAAACCGGACGUCGCUUAGCAACUUAUGCUGAGAGUUUCAAUGUGCCAUUUGAGUACCAUGCCAUAGCUAAGAAAUGGGAGACCAUUCAACUCGAGGAACUGAGAAUUGAUGAGGAUGAGUUCCUUGUUGUAAACUGCUUGUAUCGGGGUAGGCACUUGCGUGAUGAAUCCCUGUCAGUUGAAGGUUCAAGAGAUGCCUUCCUCAAUUUGGUGAGGAAGAUUAAUCCAGUUAUUUUCAUCCACGGGGUUGUUAGCGGUGCCUUCAAUGCCCCUUUCUUUGUAACCCGGCUCCGAGAGGCAUUGUUUCACUAUUCUGCAUUGUUUGAUAUGCUUGAAACUAUUGUACCUCGAGAGGAUCGAGAAAGAAUGCUGAUUGAGAAAGAGAUCUUUGGUUGGGAGGCUUUGAAUGUUAUAGCUUGUGAAGGCUGGGAGAGAGUGGAGAGGCCCGAAACAUACAAGCAAUGGCAAGUCCGAAACCUAAGAGCUGGGCUUGCUCAGCUACCUUUUGACCGGGAGCUUGUGAAGGCAGCAAUGGCUAAGGUGAGGUCCAGCUACCACAAGGAUUUUGUCAUUGAUAAAGAUAGCCGGUGGCUGUUGCAAGGAUGGAAGGGGCGAACCAUCUUUGCCCUUUCUUGUUGGAAACCGGCCUAACGAGCUUGACAGGCACACUUGUCUAAUUGGGCCUACCUCUCAUCUCCUUGGCAUUUGAAAAUGAUGAUUGAGGACCCAAGGUAAUGCUGCUAUUUGUUUCUGUUUUUGUUGUAUCAAUGCCCCCCUCUUGCAUUGCUCUCAUCUGUGAUUAAUCGGCUUCUUACUUUAUAAUUAGGUUAAUCAGUAACCUGGCAGUUAAAAAGUGAUCAGACUGGAGAGAAGAAUGUUGGGUAAAGUAGUGGUAUGUAGUUAUCUUUUUGAGGACUUGAAUAUUCAAGUUAUAGUCCUCUCUCAGCACAAAUGUUGUAUUCUAAUUACUCUUUCUUAGUCAGUCCAUUAGGUUUUUGAAUGUUGCCUAAUGGACACAGUCAACUUAAUAUUAACAUGUAAAAGAGGAAACUCAUGCAACAGUGUUAUAAACGAAAGAAUAGUAUCUUUCCCCA